AUGAUGAACUCCAUCAGAAACUUUAGAAAUAGAAAGGCUUUGAGCGAACACUGCAUGCAGUUCAUGACUACCUUGAACUCUGAGUUAUCGAUUUGGUCACAUGCAUUCACUGAGUGGUUGGCAUUGAACUGCACGAACGAACGUUUGGCCCAUACCAGCAGGGUUCUUACUGUUACAGCGACAGGGUCUGUUGGAGGGGAAGAGGAUGGUUUUCGUACCACAGUUGCCAGCUCAAAUGACCUUAGAUUUGGUGUGACAAGUAUUCACCCUUAUACAUCAAAUAAGAAUGCAGUACAAAAUUUAAUUUAUGAGUGA